GAUUUCUCCCUCCGCCCAUAAGCCGCGGGGACGCGCCUCAGUGUGGCCGCACUGAUUAGUAAAAGGCAAAGCGGAGUUCUCAGCGAGCGAGCCGCGGAAAGCUGCGUUUUAAAUUGCAUUCUUACUACAAAUGCGCUCGGAUAAAAAAAAUUGUAAAAAUCGAGAGAGAAGAGGAAUGCAAAAAGUGUUCGCCGCGAGCUUAAAAUUUCGAGGAGUUUUGUCGGCAUGCGGUGAGCAAAAGAAGGAAUAAAAACUACUCAAUUCAGCGGGAAUGCAGAGAAUUAAAAUAGAGACUUAGUCAUUUUGCGGGACCACAAGUGUGCGUAACUGUGCAGCUUAGCCUGACCAGGACAGGGGAGCUCAAGACUGGCUUUGAGUUAACUUCAACACACGCCUGGAGUGGUGAUGUCUUGAGAUAGUGGUCUCACCAGCCCAGCGAAGGACGUGCCAGUACCAGGCCUGCUGCCUCUAAUGGGAGCUCCUGCUGCGCCAUGAGUGUUCGGGAUGGCGUUGGUGGCAAGGGCACCCUGGGCCGACGGCAGCGCUUUGAGAACUCAGAGCUCACCGUGCGCAUCUAUCCAGGUGCCCUCGCAGAGGGUACCAUCUACUGUCCAAUCAGUGCCCGCAAGACCACCACAGCUGCUGAGGCCAUCGAACGUGUCAUCGAGCGGUUGCAACUGGACCGCACCAAGUGUUAUGUGUUAGCCGAGGUGAAGGAGUUUGGUGGGGAAGAAUGGAUUCUGAACCCCACCGACUGUCCCGUGCAGAGGAUGAUGCUCUGGCCUCGCGUGGCUCUGGAACACCGUUCGCUGUUUGGCGGCGAUGAUUAUCGCUUUCUGCUGAGGCAGAAAAAUCUGGAUGGCUCUAUUCACUACGGAGGCAGCCUCCAUAUGUGGCUGCAGGUAACGGAGGAGCGAAGGCGCAUGGUGGAACGCGGGCUGCUGCCGCAACCCGAUUCUCAGGGCGAUCACGCCGAUCUGUGCUGCCUGCCGGAGCUCAACGAGCGCUCGCUGCUGGACAACCUGCGCUCACGCUUCCGGCAGGAAAAGAUCUACACCUACGUAGGAAGUAUCCUCAUCGUCAUUAACCCUUUCAAGUUCCUGCCAAUCUACAACCCCAAGUAUGUGAAGAUGUAUGACAAUCAUACGCUGGGAGAUUUGGAGCCGCACAUUUACGCCGUGGCGGAUGUGGCCUACCACACAAUGCUGAGGAGACAGAAGAACCAGUGCAUCGUCAUAUCUGGGGAGAGCGGCUCUGGGAAGACGCAAAGCACAAACUUUCUCAUUCAUCAUCUGACUGCCCUCAGUCAGAAGGGCUUUGCCAGUGGAGUGGAGCAAAUCAUAUUGGGAGCCGGACCAGUAUUAGAGGCGUUUGGGAAUGCAAAAACAGCACAUAAUAACAACUCCAGUCGCUUUGGCAAGUUCAUUCAGGUGAACUACCAGGAGAGCGGCACUGUGAGAGGGGCGUAUGUAGAAAAAUACCUCUUGGAGAAGUCGAGACUGGUCUAUCAAGAGCACAAUGAGCGAAACUACCACGUGUUUUAUUACCUGCUGGCAGGAUCGAGUGAAGAAGAAAGAAAAGCCUUUCACCUCAAGAAGCCUGAAGAAUAUCAUUACCUCAGUCAGAUGACAAAGACAAGCAGCCGUCCGCACUGGGACAGUUACUGUGAGAGUGAACCGGACUGCUUCACCGUCGAAGGAGAGGACCUGAAGCAUGACUUUGAGAGGCUCCAGCUGGCCAUGGAGAUGGUGGGCUUUCUCCCCGCCACGCGCAAACAGAUCUUUUCUCUGCUGUCGGCCAUCCUUCACCUGGGAAACAUUCGCUACAAGAGGAAGACCUACAGGGACGACUCCAUCGACAUCUGUAACCCUGAGGUGCUGCCUGUUGUCUCGGAGCUGCUGGAGGUCAAAGAGGAGAUGCUGUUCGAAGCUCUGACAACAAGGAAGACGGUGACAGUGGGAGAGAAGCUGAUUGUUCCCUACAAGCUGGCUGAGGCUGGUACGGUGCGAGACUCGAUGGCCAAGUCUCUGUACAGUGCUCUGUUUGACUGGAUUGUCUUCAGGAUCAACCACGCUCUGCUGAACAAUAAAGACCUGGAGGAGACCACCAAGAUCUUGUCCAUUGGUGUUCUCGACAUCUUCGGUUUCGAGGACUACGAGAACAACAGCUUCGAGCAGUUCUGCAUCAACUUUGCCAACGAGCGUCUUCAGCAUUACUUCAACCAGCACAUCUUUAAGCUUGAACAGGAGGAGUACAGAGCAGAGGGCAUCAGCUGGAGGAACAUCGAUUACAUCGACAAUACGGGCUGCAUCAGCCUGAUCAGCAAGAAGCCCACAGCGCUGUUCCACCUGCUGGACGAAGAAUGCAACUUCCCUCAAGCCACCAAUCAGACGCUGUUGGAUAAGUUCAAGCGGCAGCAUGAAGGGAACAGCUACAUCGAGUUUUCUGCCGUCAUGGAGCCCGCCUUCAUCAUCAGGCACUAUGCUGGCAAGGUCAAGUACGGCGUUAAGGAUUUUAGGGAGAAGAACACGGAUCACAUGCGACCAGACAUCGUAGCUCUGUUAAAGAGCAGCAAGAACGCGUUCAUCGGCAGCCUGAUCGGCAUCGACCCGUCGGCCACUUUCCGCUGGGCGGUGCUCCGGGCGUACUUCAGGGCCCUGGUGGCUUUUAGAGAGGCCGGGAAGAGGCACACGCACAAGAAGACUGGGCAUGAUGACGCUGCUCCCUGUGCAGUAUUGAAAAAAAUGGAUAGUUUUAGCUUUCUGCAGCACCCUGUGCAUCAGAGAAGCUUAGAGAUCCUGCAGAGAUGCAAAGAGGAGAAGUACAGUAUAACCAGAAAGACGCCACGGACGCCUUUGUCAGACAUUCAGGGAAGCAACGCCAUCGCAGAGAAAUCGCCACGGAGUUCUCCGGGCCUCGGCUGGAACGGCCGCGUCGGUCGGCAGAGCCACCUGUCUUCCGGCGGCUCCAACACAGAAGAAGACGGCAUCUUUGUCAACUCGGCCAGCAGUAAACUCCUGGAGAGAGCGCACGACAUCCUGAUGAGGAACAAAAACUACAAGUCGAAACCAGUUCUUCCGAAGCAUUUACUGAACGUCAAAUCACUAAAGUACCUUAGCAACCUGACGCUUCACGACCGCAUCACCAAGUCGCUGCUUCACCUGCACAAGAAGAAGAAACCUCCCAGUAUCAGCGCCCAAUUUCAGGCUUCUCUCAAUAAGCUCAUGGAGACUCUGGGUCAGUCGGAGCCUUAUUUUGUCAAGUGCAUCCGUUCCAACGCCGAGAAGCUGCCCUUAAGGUUUGAUGAUAACUUGGUGCUGAGGCAGCUGCGAUACACAGGUAUGCUGGAGACGGUCCGCAUCCGGCAAUCUGGAUACAACGUCAAGUACACCUUCAAGGACUUUGUUCAUCACUUCAGUGUGCUGCUGCCGGAGGGAACCCGUUCUACCAGGGCGAGCAUCCAGGGAAGUAUGGAUCAGCUGGAUCUUCAACCAGAGGGCUAUCAAGUGGGAAAGACAAAGGUGUUUUUACAGGAGGCUGAGCGUCAGCGGCUGCACGCCGAGCUCCACGGAGAGGUGCUCAGACUCAUCGUCAUGCUGCAGCAGCGAUUCAGAGCGCGGCUGGAGAGGAAGCACUUCGUGAGGAUGAGGGAGGCGACGGUCAGCAUCCAGAAAUGGUGGCGAACGUACCGGUCCAUGAAGGAGGAGGAGGAAGAGUACUAUGACCCUGGUGUCCAGGAGAGGGCAGCUGUGUGUCUGCAGGCUCACUGGAGAAGUUACCGGGAACGUCAAAGGUUCAGGCAGUGGAGACGGGCGACUCGGGUUCUACAGAGAGCGUGGAGGUUCUGGCUCGGUCGGCGCUCCUCUGCGGCCCUGGUUAUUCAGGCAGCGUGGCGCUGUCACCAGGCCAGGGAGUCCUACCUGCGCUUGUAUGCUGCUGUGAUUCAGCUGCAGGCAAUUAGCAGAGGUUUCCUCAGUAGGCAAAGCUUCAGAAAAUUGAGAGAACAGCGACAGAAGGCGGAGGAGGAGAAUGGCCGGGUGAGCAUCUCGCCUGGAGAGGAGGAAGAGCUGGGAGAAGGAAUCAUGGGGCUGGAUCUCAGCACCUGGGAGGAUCGCUCCUACGAACAACGAGAAAGGAGUCUCCAUGCACUCAGCAGCCAUAAGGACACCGCUAAAGAGAAAGAAGACGGCAACUCUGAAGUAGAAACCGAAGCAACCUCCUCAGUCCCAUCGUCCGCUGUGGUGGCGCAGGAGCGGGCAAGAACUGUGGAGGAGCCUGCCCAGAAAACCACUCGCUCCAAACGAGAGAACCGGCGGAUGAGGGAGUUGGAGCAAGCCAAGUUCAGCCUGGAGCUGCUGAAGGUCCGGGCGAAUAGCGGCGGAGCUUCGUCUCCCUCUGAGGAGCAGCGUUGGUCUCUGGAGCUGGUGACGCCAGCUAGCCCAUCUCUCCCUUCACCCCAAGGUACGCCUGACAGCGAGAGCUCCAAAGGCAGCUUCGAGCUUCUCACGAUGGACGAAGAGCCGCCCAAGACUACAGAGGAGAUCAUGGAUGGCAAGGACCCUCACUCCCCUGUCCCACCUGUUGCUCCUGAAUCAAAUGUGGAAGAUGUUUCACUGAACCCAACCCAACCACAGGAAGCUGAAGCUGCUUCCCCCCAAAGAAGCCAGAGUCCACCCGCUCACCCACAUCCGCCCAAAAUCCAGAACAAUCUCCCCACGUUUUACGUACCCGCUCGCAAGGGCGGCAGCAUCAUCCCCCAAGAUGCAGCUACAGCCACCGCUACCGCUGCAAAGCCUCUCAAAGAGAGACGAGAGUCAUCACGGCGCCCGGUGGUUGUGGUCAUCAGCAUGCAGAAAGAAACCCCGCUAAGCGACGAGCUGAGUGCCAUCGUCCGUCCUCCGGUGGACCUGAGAGAUUCCGCCGCCCAGACGGGUGAUUCUCCGUCGACCGAUCCGUCCGUGAUAGAGAAGCUGGUGCGGCUGAACGAGCAGAAGGAGGAGCGACGGCGCAACCAGCAGCAGCAGAACGAGAAGGAGAUGAUGGAGCAGAUACGAAAACAGAAGGAAGUGUUGGAGCAGGAGCGCAUCAAAUACGCCCGGCAUGAGAAAGAGAUGUUCGAGAAGCAGAGAGGCGAGGCCCUGCACAGGAUCCAGCAGAGCAGGCAGGCCGGGCCAGAUUCUGCCAGAACCUCCACAUCCACCAAAGGUCCCCGACCCAGCUCUCUGCUGAUCGAGAAGACCUCGGGUCAAGCUCCUCACGGCAGAACGCAGUCGGACUCCACCUCACCUCCGCCUCACUCUCCGGUUGCCAUAGGCGCUCACGGGAGCUCCCGUCCUACCCAGUUGCCCCCGCCACCGUUCUCUGCUCCUACGGAGCGACGCAAAGACCACCGACCUACCGCGGAAGGCUGGGCCCCUAAGCUCACUCUGGAGACCCGAAACGGAGCGGGAAUCGGGGUGAGAGUUGCCGGCAAGAAGCCACAGAGUCAGGAAGUUACAGCAGUGAGUCUGGCUGAUAAACCAGGGAACAUCUUCUACUCCCCAGACGACAAAGGGAUGUUUACCCCAUUUGACGCCAGCUCUAAAGAACAAGCUGUAACUGUUCCCAGAGAAGGACCAACACCAGCUUUGAAGCCGUCUAAAGCAACAAAGGCUCGGGAUGUCAGCAGCGUGGGCCAGAAAAAGAAAGCCAGGAUGGCACGGACGCGCUCCGACUUCCUCACCCGCGCCUCCAGCCUCGCAGCUGGCGGCGACUCAGAAGAGGACGACUAUGGCGGCGACAGCCUCACCAGCCCACGCCACUACACUCUGCCCCUCUCCAAGCAGAAUUCCACAGAGGCGGGCCUGAGAGAGGCCUGUUUCAGUGACUCAGACAUGCCCUUGAGCUCAGAGGAGCAGAAAAAGCUACACAAAGCCAUGUCAUCGGGAGACCUAGUCAAAGUGGAGUCGAUGCACAAAAAUUCACAAGACGGAAGGGUUCGUGGGAAGAUGCGCUUCUGGGGCAAAUCGAAGUACGGGGAUAAGAAGACGUCCAGAGAGAAGCUGAUCUGCGGGUCUGAUUCGCUGGACGGAGACUAUGGAGAAACUGGACAUCUCCUGGGGGAUGCGGGCCAGGAGAACAUGUCCCCUCCCUGCAGUCCUGACCUGACUCUGGACCGAGGCUUCAGGGACUUGAAGGAGAACAAGGAGCCGUCCCCCAAGGUGAAGCGGAGGAGGAGCGUGAAGAUCAGCAGCGUGGCAGUGGAGCCCGCCCAGUGGCAGAACGACGCGCUGCAGAUCCUCUCCUGCAUCAACGACUACAGGAGCAUGAACGAUUUCCUCCUAAAAAAGAUCAAUGAUUUGGAGACUGAGGACAGUAAGAAGGACACCAUGGUGGACGUCGUCUUCAAAAAGGCCCUGAAGGAGUUCCGCCUGAACAUCUUCAACUCCUACUCUACAGCACUUGCAAUGGAUGACGGUAAGAGCAUCCGCUACAAAGACCUUCAUGCUCUGUUUGAGCAGAUCCUGGAAAAAACGAUGCGGCAGGAGCAGAGGGACUGGAGGGAGCCUCCCGUCAAAGUUUGGGUCAACACGUUUAAAGUUUUCCUGGAUGAGUUCAUGACUGAGUACAAACUGAUGGACGGCGCGCUCAGCAAGCCACUUCCUAAGCCUGAACGUAAAAAGCGAAGGAAAAAGGACACCGAUAUCGUAGAAGAACAUAAUGGACACAUCUUCAAAUCCACUCAGUACAGCAUCCCCACAUACUGUGAAUACUGCUCCUCUCUCAUCUGGAUGAUGGAUCGUGCCUGUGUGUGCAAAUUGUGCCGGUACGCCUGCCACAGAAAGUGCUGCCAGAAGACAACCAAAUGUAGCAAGAAGUUUGAUCCAGAGCUGUCGACCAGACAGUUCGGAGUGGAGGUCGCUCGUCUGACUAACGAUGAGCGGACGGUUCCUCUGGUGGUGGAGAAGCUGAUCAACUACAUCGAGAUGCACGGCCUCUACACCGAGGGAAUUUACAGGAAAUCCGGCUCCACCAAUAAGAUCAAGGAGCUCAAGCUAGCACUUGACACGGAUGUGGAGAACAUGAAUCUGGAUGACUACAACAUUCACGUUAUCGCUAGCGUCUUCAAGCAGUGGCUGAGGGACCUGCCCAACCCGCUGAUGACGUUUGAGCUGUACGAGGAGUUCAUCCGAGCAAUGAGUUUGCAGGACAAGAAGGAAAUGAUCCGGGGGGUUUACUCUGUCAUCGAUCAGCUCAGCAGAACUCACCUGAACACUCUGGAGCGCCUCAUUUUUCAUCUCGUCAGGAUCUCCUUUCAAGAGGAAACAAACCGCAUGUCGGCUAAUGCGCUGGCCAUAGUUUUUGCUCCCUGCAUCCUUCGCUGCCCGGACACCACCGACCCGAUGCAGAGCGUCCAGGACAUCAGCAAGACCACAGCGUGUGUGGAGCUCAUCAUUUGCGAACAGAUGACUAAGUACAAAGUUCGCCUAAAGGACAUAAAUACACUGGAGUUUGCUGAGAACAAGGCCAAGUCGAAACUGAGCCUCAUUCGUCGAUCGAUGGGAAAAGGUCAAGCACAUCGGCUGACCUACCACACGCCUUCACCUCCGGCCAGUCCUCGGCUGCCGUUCAGAGCCGACGCGGCGAGAGAGGGUAGUGGUGGCGAAGAGGGGGCGGAGUCACUUGUGGACAUCUCAGAGCACCAGCAGGCCGCCAUGCAGCAGGAGGACAGAGUGCUGACAGAGCAGAUCGAAAGCCUGCAGAAGAAGAAAGAGGAGUUGACUGUGGAGAUGCUGGCACUCGAGCCGCGAGCCUCAGAUGACGAGACCCUGGAAUCUGAAGCCUCCAUCGGUACGGCUGACAGCUCAGAAAACCUCAAUGUGGAUUUAGAGGAAACCGUUUCCGACUUCUCUGAGAGAGGUCCAGGGAUCUCCUCCCCAUGGCCUCGCAGACCCGACAGGAAGGACUCCCGACGACGCGCCCCCCCCCACCGCCAGCCCGAUUCCCUGGACUCGGCCGACUCUUUUUCCACCGUUUCCUCCUACUCCUCCUCAUCGCACUACCACCCGUUGCCUUCUUCCUCCUCCUCCGCCGCCGCCGCCACUCGCCGCUUUCGUUUCCACUCCAAGUCUCCCGCGGUGGGCUCCAGCCUGGCCCGCUCUCAGGCCCCGCCCCUGAACGCAUCUCAGUCCGCUCGGUCGGACAGCUUCGACGGCAGCCUGACGGGGGAGCAGGACGACGACGAGCGGCCGCAGUUCACCAGCCGCGGCACUUUCAAUCCAGAGAAGGGCAAGCAGAAACUCAAAGGUGCCAGACAUUCUGCCGUGAGGAACAUCAGAGACGGCGGCGGUGGGCCUGGCAGGGACCCUCCGGACAUACCCCAGCACCUCGUAUUGUACGGUAGUAAUGAAUUCAUGGUGUGAAGGACGCAGGAACACCAAAGCACUCGUACUUUCAGCCUCUGUUUGUUGAAGACGGAGGGAGGCAAGAAGGGCUCGACUGCCACCAUGCUUUCACAGUACAGUGCCUUGGCAGCUCUGUCCUCUGCACCAGAGGAGAGAGACUGAGCAGCAAGACAAGGAAAAGGGAAUGUUGGAAUAUGAAAAAAAAGAACUCCAUAUCAGAGAAUAUUACAGAGUUAGAGAGCUAAAGAUUUAUAUUUCCUCUAAAUGGGCAAAAACCCACACUAAAUCAGACAACGCCGAUGUUCACUGGACUCUAAGCUCCUAAAUAUUAGCUUUUUUAUCGGUUUACAGUUUAAAACAAUCAGUGUCAGCAGUGGACACUCUUAUUACAAGACUCUUUUUUUCUUAUUUAAUAAAUUUUAUUAUCACAGAAAUGCUUUAUGGCCUAUAAUAUACAGGUAUAAAUACUGUACAAAGCUGGAACACCUGCCCCUGCUGGGUAGUUGUAGUCUAAUAUUUAUCUUUUUUUUCUUUUCUUUUUUUUUUAAGAGUAUCCCAGGUCGGGAUGUUCAUAUUUUGAGCAUGUGCAGAGCAAGACUGUACGAAUGAGUGUGAAAGUCAAAAACCACUUCAUGUGUUUUAAGUUUGUGCUGCUUCCCCCACAAACCCGCCGCCCUCACUAACAGGGGGUGAAAUGCGCCAUCAAUUAAAGGGACCAAGUCAGCUGGUGUGUAUUCCAGCCAAUGGGAUCCCAGCUCUUUAGGAAAGUCAGACACACAACAUGUGUAAUGUACUGUACAGGCCAUAAGUACGGCAUAGCGGACAAAUGAAACUGUUACUCAUCCACUUCCUGUGUCUGGAGCAUUUUGGUCAAUAGCAACCAAGAAAGAGUAUAAAUCA